AUGGCGCAAUCGAGCAGACUCGCCGACUUCGCCCACAAACCAAGGAGGUUACGGAUCCGACAGGUUGGGGGGAACGUGGAAAAGGCUCAUGGCUUCAUUUCGGUAGCCUGCAGAUCACCAACGGCAGCCGCUGUACCCUAUCGCAAUCCAGCAGGGCCCGGCCCGGUUCGUGACGUCGAGCUUCAAAGUUCGGUGAGCUACCAAGGUGUUACUGCAAAGCAUCAGCAACCUCUGGAGUCCUGGACUCUGUACCUAGCCACUAGCGCGGGCAGUCUGCAGGAAACCUGCAUGGAAGCCAACAUGGAGCCAAGAAACAGCGAGUCAAGUGCAACUGUCAGUAUCCAAGUCUUCAUUGGUUAUCUGAGGGGGAAGACCGAGAGAGGGAAAUCUCACGGCAACCCCGGUAUCGCCGGGAGGAGGCAUCCCAGUUCACCGUGGGUCGGAUGGGACAGGUACGCGGCGCGCCAAGAUAACGAAGCUUACAGUUUAUCAUUGCUUGAGCUGUCAAGUUUGCGCCCUUAUCCUAUGAGCUGCCUCACAUCCCAGCACUCUGUGGUUCUACCACCCAAUACCACCGGUGAUCACAAGCUUUCCGAACUUGGGAUGAUGACGGGGCAAUUAUGCUCACCCAAAUGA